AUGUAAUUUUGCGAAAUGGGAAGCCGGAAGUUGAUGAUCGGAGUAACAAUAAUGGCGUUGUUAUCAACGGCGAUAUUGGUGUCUAGCACAAUAGAAUGCUCUGCCGUGACGGCACUGGUCUCCACUUGCUACACCUUCAUCACGUAUGGCUCACCAGACCCCUUCCCGGGGUCUCCAUGUUGCAAUGCCAUGGCCAAUCUCAAGGUUAUUGCUGACACAAUUGAGAAUCGGAGAUUUGCGUGUAGAUGCUUAUUGGGCCUCAUUUCCACAUACAACCCAAAUGCUUAUGCGAUUGCUACUUUGCCUGACUUUUGUCAAGUUUCUUUGGGUUUCAACAUCGAUCCUAACACUGAUUGCAACUUAAUCCUAUGAGUUUGGGUAUGCAACUUUAAUAUGAGUAAGUUUCGGAAAAUUGGCGAAAUGGAAGACGAA